GCCUCCGCCUUUUCUUUGGGAGGAUUGGCGGGAAGCGGCCAUCCCGCCCACCUGGCGGGACGCUUAAAGUGCGCCGGAGCAGCUGGGAACCCCUUGAGUUCCCGCUCGGCACCGCCAUGUCUACCCCCGCCAAGCGGCACUGCAAGAGCCCCGCCGGCUCCCUCGAAUCCAGCUUCCAAAAACGCCUCAGGAAGAUUUCCAUCGAGGGGAACAUCGCUGCCGGGAAGUCAACGUUUGUUAAGCUGCUGGAGAAAAACAACGAUGAGUGGGAGAUCAUCCCCGAGCCCAUCGCUAAGUGGUGCAACAUCCAGACAGCCGAGGAUGAGUAUGAGGAACUUUCAACAUCUCAAAAGAGUGGAGGAAACUUACUUCAAAUGCUGUAUGACAAACCCACAAGAUGGGCUUACACAUUUCAGACUUACGCCUGCUUGAGCCGAGUAAAAGCACAAUUAAAACCUGUCUCAGCCAAGCUACUUGAAGCAGAACAUCCAGUGCAAUUUUUCGAGAGAUCUGUGUACAGUGACAGAUACGUAUUUGCUUCUAACCUGUUCGAGUCUGGAAACAUUAAUGAAACAGAGUGGUCUAUUUAUCAGGACUGGCACACAUGGCUUUUGAAUCAGUUUCAAUCAGAUAUAGAACUGGAUGGCAUGAUCUAUCUCAGAACCACACCUCAGAAAUGCAUGGAAAGACUACAGAUGAGGGGAAGAGAAGAGGAGCAAGGAAUUGAGCUUGAGUAUUUGGAAAACCUCCACUAUAAACAUGAAACCUGGCUUCAUGAAAGGACUAUGAGAGUUGAUUUUGAGAACAUUAAGGAGAUUCCUAUUCUAGUUUUGGAUGUUAAUGAAGAUUUUAAGAAUGAUAAAAUUAAACAAGAGUACUUGACUGAUAAAGUCAAGUCGUUCCUGACUUCUUUGGAAGAUGAAAAUUAAUUCGAAUAAUAAGUCAGUGAAGUUCACCUGCCAAUCUGUGUGUUCAAAAAUUUAAACAAAUGCAUUACCUGUAUAGCUUAUUUUAAAGCAAGCCUGAAGUGUAAAAACAAAGUUGUUUAUUUUUCUCGUGUCUGAGCUCUGUGGGUUUUGAUAGAUCUUUUUGUAUAGCUAAAAAGAAUAAACAUGGGGUGCUUUGAUAAUGUUUUUUUUCCUGUACAUUCUCUGCUAUUUAAUAAAGAUUUUAAAAAUCCUAUUGCCUCUGGAGUUGCUCUCCCCGCGGGGGAGGCUCAGCAGUCGUCAGAGGCCGACACCCAGUAAACAGAUAGCAGGCACUGAGCAGGAUUGUUUUGCAAUAACUGGCACGGGUUCACCAUUUUAAGACGAGACUGUUAUGGCGUCCAGAAACCUUUACUUUCAACUUCUGCUUUACUGAGUGGCCGUUUCCACCAGCUUUACGCUACUUAAGGCUGGACGUUAGACCUGUA